GUCCCGGCAUGCACCGCGCCCCCCUAACCCUAACCACCCCGCCACCCGCCGUCUUUUCCCCCAUCAUUUCCCGCCAUUGUGCCUGGGCGCGCGCGUGCCGCGUGACCGGGCGGGGGGAGCGCGAGGCGGCGGGCCCGGGCCAUAGAGACGCGCGGCCGGGGGCGUGGGGCGGACAUGGUGGGAUAGAGCGUCCCCCCGCCCCGCCGGCGGCCGCCCCGAGUCCGCCAAGGCCGCCCCGAGCCCGCCGGGCCCGGACAAAGCGCCGCCGCCUCCCGCCCCGCCCCGCCCCGCCUGCAGCCCCGCCGCGGAGCCAUGUCGGCUAGCAGCCUCCUGGAGCAGAGACCCAAGGGCCAAGGCAACAAAGUGCAAAACGGCUCUGUGCAUCAGAAAGAUGGGUUGAAUGAUGAUGACUUUGAACCCUACCUGAGUCCCCAGGCCCGUCCGAAUAAUGCAUACACUGCAAUGUCUGAUUCCUACUUACCAAGCUACUUCAGUCCCUCCAUUGGAUUCUCCUACUCCUUAGGUGAAGCUGCCUGGUCCACAGGGGGAGACCCCCCCAUGCCCUACCUGACCUCAUAUGGACAGCUGAGCAAUGGGGAGCCUCACUUCCUCCCUGAUGCCAUGUUCGGGCAGCCAGGGGCCCUUGGCAGUACUCCAUUCCUUGGGCAGCAUGGCUUUAACUUCUUUCCAAGUGGGAUUGACUUUUCAGCUUGGGGGAAUAACAAUUCUCAGGGACAAUCCACUCAAAGCUCUGGCUACAGCAGCAGCUAUGCCUAUGCUCCCAGCUCACUGGGAGGGGCCAUGAUUGAUGGGCAGUCAGCCUUUGCCAACGAGACCCUGAACAAGGCUCCUGGCAUGAACACUAUUGACCAGGGCAUGGCAGCCCUCAAGCUGGGCAGCACAGACAUAGUGAGCAGUGUCCCAAAAGUCGUGGGCUCAGCCGUGGGGAGUGGCUCUGUGAGCGGUAACAUUGUGACUUCGAACAGUUUGCCUCCAGCCACGAUUGCACCACCAAAGCCAACCUCCUGGGCUGACAUUGCUAGCAAACCUGCCAAGCAGCAGCCCAAGCUGAAGACCAAGAAUGGUGUUGCAGGGCCAAGUCUUCCGCCUCCUCCCAUAAAACAUAACAUGGAUAUCGGAACUUGGGAUAACAAAGGGCCAGUAGCAAAAGUCCCUUCACAGGCCUUGGUCCAGAAUCUUGUUCAGCAGCCACCGCAGGUGUCUCCGCAGCCUGUGAGCCAGCAGAUCAGCAGUAGCCCACCGGUAACCCAGGUUCCGAGUGGGCAGCAGCCACAGGCACUGCCACCACCAGCUCCACUGCCUGUACCACCAGCACAACCCACCCGCUGGGUCGCCCCUCGGAAUCGUGGCAGUGGCUUUGGCCAGAAUGGAGUGGAUGGUAAUGGAGUGGGACAGGCUCAGGCCAGUGCCGGUUCUCCUUCUGAGCCACACCCAGUCUUGGAGAAGUUGAGAUCUGUCAACAACUACAACCCCAAGGAUUUUGACUGGAACCCAAAGCACGGGCGGGUUUUCAUCAUUAAGAGUUACUCUGAGGAUGAUAUCCAUCGUUCCAUUAAAUACAACAUCUGGUGCAGUACAGAGCAUGGCAAUAAGAGACUGGAUGCAGCCUAUCGCUCCAUGAAUGGGAAGGGCCCUGUAUACUUACUGUUCAGUGUCAAUGGUAGUGGUCACUUCUGCGGCGUAGCAGAAAUGAAAUCUGCUGUGGACUAUACUACCUGUGCAGGUGUGUGGUCCCAGGACAAAUGGAAGGGACGUUUUGAUGUCAGGUGGAUUUUUGUGAAGGAUGUUCCCAACAGCCAGCUGCGACACAUCCGCCUAGAGAACAACGAGAAUAAACCAGUGACCAACUCUAGGGACACUCAGGAGGUGCCUCUGGAAAAGGCUAAGCAGGUGUUGAAAAUUAUUGCUACCUACAAGCACACCACCUCCAUCUUUGAUGACUUCUCACACUAUGAGAAACGCCAAGAGGAGGAGGAAAAUGUUAAAAAGCUGUGUCUAAAGACAGGAGAAAACUGGAGGGAAGACUUAGAUCUGUCUGAUGCUCUAAUGCUUGUUUUCUGCUGUGAGACAGGGAGCUGUGUUUCCUCAUUCCUAAAAGAGGAGCAGCUGGGAGCCUUUUCUCUGCAACUGAAAUUGAAUCAGAGCAGUGGAAGAGCAAACCACUUGCACUUGCCUUGUAGUCCUGUCUCUCACUGCUAGUGUUGUGUUAGAAGUCUUUAAAAUAAUAUUUUAAUGUAAUGUUAAUAUUAUAAAAGAAUAUUUAAAUUGACUUGUUGAUGUUAGUUUAAGGGCCUGUUGACAUGCACUGUUUAAAUCUUUUCAGUUUUAUCCCUGUUCAUGGCGGAGGGUUGGAACUAGAAGAUUUAUAAGGUCCUUUCCAAUCCAGGCCAUUCUAGGAUUCAAGGACUGGGAUUGGUGUUGGGCCAGACAGAGAGUGCAGGCCAUCUGCAAUGGGGUUUUUCACCUCCUAAAGGUAUGGCCUCAUCCAGGGGGAGUUUAUUCCACACCCUGUUCUUGUGAACUUGUUCCCAACCUACUUCUUGCCCUCUCGGUGUGGGCAAAGCUUCAUGUUCCCUCACUCCAGAUUAUCAUGGCUAUUUGAUUUCAGCUCUGAGCUGCAGAAUACCCUGAUUGUUGCAGUGUCCUGUGCAGGGCCAGGAGCUGGACUUGAUGAUCCCUACGGGUCCAGCUCAAGAUUUUCUGAUGGGGUGUCUUAGCCUUUUGGGGAAUGAUACUGGGAGUUCCAGUGCUCCAGUGAAGGAAUUGCCUGCUGUUUCCUCUGUGGGCAAGCAUUGGGUGAGUGAUGCUUUUUGCUUGGAGGACUUUCUCAGGCUGAGCUGAGAUUGUGCCUGACCUGGUCUGCCCAAGGGCUUUGGGCAGUGCUGCAGCUCAGGCAGGUCCCAACAAACUAGGGUUUAUGUGCUGCACAGCUGGGAGCUGUGCCCUGGCUUCUCCUCCAGGUCGGCCUUUGGCUUAGUGUGCUAUUUCCCUAUCUGUGGUGUGGCAAUAAAAUCCUUACCUUUGCUGGGAGUGUUGAUGCUGAAUCAAGGUAAGAGCCUCUGAAUAAAUGGACAGUGCUGUCUCUCAUUGUCAUUUUGUCAAGUACAAACACUUGAUCCUUUUGUUGUUGGCUCCCCUGCAGUGUGAAUAUAUAAGGUGAUCUACUAUUGCUCAGUUGCUGUUAUCAGGACCUGGCUUGUGACAUGGCUGCAGCCCCUAGGGACAGUAGUGACAGGACUGAAGUCACUUUGAGUAGUAUAAUCAGAGAGAGCUCCUGUUUGCAUAAGGGCUCUAUGUGAGGUUGGUGUCAGUACAGGAUUUGAGCCAUGGCAUGUAUCAGCCAUUCCCAUGCCAUGCUGCUCUUGCCCUUCCUGUUCCUGAGGGGUUUGAUGGAUGGGGAUGAGUCUGAGCAGGUGUCCUUCUUGCUUCUCCCAUUUGGAUCAAUAAGAUAUGACAGAAGUUUAAUGAAAGUGCAGCCAAAGGGCAUAAAACACUUCCUGAUGGAAUUCCUUUUGCUCUCCAGGGAUUGUAUCCCAGAGCAAAGCUCAGUGUGCAUGUGCAGAUGCUUCUUUGUCUUCUGCAGCUGUCACAUAGCUGGGUGGGCAGUGACACACUGUUACAUAGCCUGUGGAUUUGGAUGAGGAUGAGCCAGGAAGGACAAAUGUUUGCAAUGUGGUUGAGCCUUGCUGUGUGUUCUGGUAUAUCUGGCUGGUAGUUGAAUGCUCACUGUAACACCCCAAGGACAAGAUGUCUUGGAUCCCUCUGCUCCACUCAGAUGACACCUUACAUGCAGUGCUGCAU